AGAGGUUAUGGUCUUUUACAUUUGUGUAUUUUCCAUAUUUUAUUUGUUCUUGGUGAAGGGCUGUAUAUAGGACAGGCUUCCUUAAUGGAAGCGUGUGAUUUGUAGGUGAGCGCGAUGAACGCCUGCCAUCUCGCGCAUGGUUCUCUUUUUACUCUCACCUGCAUGCAGGAAACUACAACACUCAGCGUUACCUGCUUAUGUACAUUUUCAAGAUAAGUCAUGCGUUACGUGGGAAAAAGGGGCACCUGCAUGUAUAUUAGCUAGGGAGACUAAAAUCAAUAACGAUAGCUGAUAACUGAUAUGGUCUAUGAAUAAAAUAACCUUAAUAAUUAUCCGGCAUCCACUUCGUCUGUGAUGAGAAUGACUUGAGUGCUAAAUGACGUGAAAGUCAAUUUGAUGGUAUUUACAUCAUGUGUCAUGCAACUGUCUGAAAUCUAAACCGCAAUUACUCUUGUUUAUGUUAAUUAUUACUAAGGUUAAGGUAACAGUUUCAGCACGCAUCGAGAUUUCCAUGGAGGAGAAAAGAUCGUAUUCGUUGCUUUACAAUUCACCAAAACGACGCAAGUGUGCUAUUGCGCUGAUUGUGCUCAGCCUUCUUGUUUUCUUUGGGAUCGGUAUACUAGCUGGUUACUUUAUUGGACGUGGAGCUGCCAAAGGUUGUGAUGAUGGCGACAAGAACGACCGCUCUAAGCCAAAGGGCGAUACCCAGGAGCAGCUAGAAGUGUUCCACAAGAGAGCGGUCGACAUGAUUUCUACCGUGGAGCUGAGAAAAAACUUGAAGAAGUUUACCAAAGUGCCGCACUUUCCUGGGGACCCAGAGAACUUUGAACUGGCGAAGGACAUGGCAGAGAAAUGGAGGGCAUAUGGCAUCGAUGUUAUAUGGAAGAAUUACUCCAUUAUGUUGUCUCGGCCAAAGGAUAUGAAGGCAGGAGCAGCUGCGCUGUACAAUGGAUCUACUCUGAUCCACAAGUCAGCUCCUCAAGAAAGAUUCCUUGUUCCCUCAGAGAACAACAGCAAAGUGGUCCCACCUUUCAACGCCUAUGCACCACCAGGAUCCGCAAAAGGGAAACUCGUGUAUGCUAAUUAUGGGCGAGACGAAGACUUUGAGAAACUCAAAGAACUUGGAGUUAACUGCAGUGGUAAAAUCGUCAUUAUGCGAUAUGGAAAGGUUGGACGUUCAACUAAGCCCAAACGUGCUCACAAGGAAGGAGCUAUCGGAGUGAUAUUAUACAUGGAUCCUGAGGAGUAUGCAAAGCAAGGUGUUGAUAAGGUGUACCCAAAGUACAAUUGGCUGCCUAAUUCUGCAGUUCAACGAGGAAACAUCAAAUCAACUCCAAUAAGAGGCGAUCCACAGACACCGGGCUACCCUUCAGUCAAGGGUAUGUAUCGCCUGCCAAAGGAGGAGGCUGAGAAACUCCUCCCUCAGAUUCCUGUUCAUCCUAUUUCUUAUGAAGAUGCUGAGCCCCUGCUCAGGAUUCUCACACGCGAUGUAGUCUUACCCAAUUCUUCCUUCCAAGGUGGUUUGAACUUUCCGUAUGGAAUACAGAUGGCGGAAGAUGAUCCGAGGGAGAUCGAGGUGAAUUGUACCAAUGAACUAUAUGUAACAGAUGUUUACAACUUGAUGGGAGUAAUUCAAGGAUCCACUCACCCUGAUGAAUUGGUGUUACUGGGUAACCACCGGGAUGCUUGGGUAUUUGGUGCUGCAGAUGCAUCUAGUGGCACUGCCGCUUUGAUGGAGUUGUCCAGAGCUCUUGGAGCACAGCUCAAGGAAGGAUGGAAACCAAAGCGCACUAUAGUGUUGUUAAGCUGGGGAGCUGAGGAACCGAAGUAUAUGGGAUCUGUUGAGUGGCUGGAGGAGCAUUCGAGGUUAUUGUCUGCCCGAGCCGUGGCGUAUCUCAAUGUGGACAUGUCAGUUGACGGGAACUAUUCUUUCCGAGCAAAGUCCGCGCCUCUCAUGGACUGGGUUCUGGCCAGAGGAGCAAUGAAGGUACCAAGCCCCUUAGGAAACGAAACGGCUUUUGAUGAAUGGAUCAGGAAAAUUCCAAACACGUUGGGGCUAAAUUAUUUGCCAAGACUUCAGCAACCAAGAGCAGGCAGUGAUUAUGUCAAUUUUAUCCAAAGGCUUGGAAUUCCCAUUGUGGAUAUUCGUUACACAUACAACAGCAAAACUAGCAGCAAUCCUUUAUACCACACAGUUCACGAUAAUUUUUGGUGGAUGUCAACUUUGAUUGACCCCGAGUUUAAAUACCAUCAAGUGACUACAAGGGUUUGGACUGAGAUUACUAUGGUGCUGGCUGACUCUGUGAUACUUCCAUUUAACGUGACUCAUUAUGGCGUUAAUAUGAAAAUUUACAAUUCAAACAUAAAGAAGAAGUUUGAGGAAGACUUUAAAAAGUACAAUGCAAGAGAAGAUCUGAAGUUUCUUGACGAAGCUGUGGAAAACUUUCUGAGUGCUUCCCGAGAAUUUGACGACUUUGUGAAAGGAGCAGACAAAGAAAACGUUGCAGUCGUGCGAAAAAUCAACACACGAUUGCUUAAUGUUGAACGGGCAUUCAUAAAUCUUGAGGGAAUUCUGCAGGCCAACCCAUUGCAGAGACACGUCGUUUUGGUUCACAGCCCAACCAUUUACUACAGUUGGUACGGUGGCGUGGUGGACGCCAUUUAUCGUGCUCGAAAAGGAUUAGUUACCAAGGAAGAAGUCAAGAAGCAAAUAUCAAUUGUUGCAUAUGGCAUAAACUCAGCUGCACAAAUACUCAAGCUCUCGCCGAUUGAGUGAACGCUUUACAAAACUCCUUGUAAAGUUUCUCAGUGACGAAACAGUGUCGUAUAGCUAAGCUGUUUUGUAUACGUCAGCAAGAGUGAGGAUAUGUAUUCCUUUAAGUAUACCCGUAAGAUACUAUAUGUAUAUCUCCAUUGUCAGUCAAGUAGUAACAAAAACCAUAAUUUUAAAGAAAAGUCUUCCAAAUACAUAUAGAUAUCAAGAACCAAGCACGGUUUCCCGGCAUAUGUGUUUUGAAUGACCUUUUACUUAUAGUUUCAUGAGAAAGUGUUGUUGUCCCUUAGAGUUGACAGUGCAUUUGGUUAGUGAUCUUGCAAGUUUUACGAUAUAUUACAAGUAAGUAAAGCCCAAUAAAAAAAAACCUCCCAGUUUGCGACCCUUUAGCUGGAAUGAAUGUAACACUGAUUUCCGCAAUGCAAUUGACUAUACAAGGAUAAAAUGGUUUGGACUUGGA